GGUGCGUCUCCCGGGAUCUCUUUCCGGUUAGGCUUCGGGUGUCCGCAUGAGAGUUGGAUAAUUCUUGGAACUAGGGCUGAGAGGUGGAAAGCAGUCGCCCUUGGUUCGGGACGUGUCUGGGCUGCGAGACCGAAAUGUCGGACACGUGGAGCUCUAUCCAGGCCCACAAAAAGCAGCUGGAUUCUCUGCGGGAGAGGCUGCAGCGGAGGCGGAAGCAGGACUCGGGGCACUUGGAUCUUCGGAAUCCAGAGGCAGCACUGUCUCCAACCUUCCGUAGUGACAGCCCAGUGCCUACUGCACCCACUUCUGGUGGCCCUAAGCCCAGCACGGCUUCAGCAGUUCCUGAACUAGCUACAGACCCUGAAUUAGAGAAGAAGUUGCUACACCACCUCUCUGAUCUGGCGCUAACUUUGCCCACUGAUGCUGUGUCCAUCCGUCUUGCCAUCUCCACGCCAGAUGCCCCUGCCACUCAAGAUGGGGUGGAAAGCCUCCUACAGAAGUUUGCAGCUCAGGAGUUGAUUGAAGUAAAGCGAGGUCUCCUACAAGAUGAUGCACAUCCCACUCUUGUGACCUACGCUGAUCAUUCCAAGCUGUCUGCCAUGAUGGGGGCUGUGGCAGAAAAAAAGGGCUCUGGGGAGGUAGCGGGGACUAUCACAGGGCAGAAGCGGCGUGCAGAACAGGACUCGACCACAGUAGCUGCCUUUGCUAGCUCUUUGGCCUCUGGUUUGGCCUCUUCAGCAUCAGAAGUAGCCAAGGAGCCAACCAAGAAGUCAAGGAAACAUGCUGCCUCAGAUGUUGAUCUGGAGAUAGAGAGCCUUCUUAACCAACAAUCUACUAAGGAACAACAGAGCAAGAAGGUUAGUCAGGAGAUCCUAGAGCUACUGAAUACUACAACAGCCAAGGAACAAUCCAUAGUUGAAAAGUUUCGCUCACGAGGUCGGGCUCAAGUGCAAGAGUUCUGUGACUAUGGAACCAAGGAGGAGUGCAUGAAAGCCAGUGAUGCUGACCGGCCCUGUCGCAAGCUGCACUUCAGACGGAUCAUCAAUAAACACACUGAUGAGUCAUUAGGUGACUGCUCUUUCCUUAACACAUGUUUCCACAUGGAUACCUGCAAAUAUGUUCACUAUGAAAUUGAUGCUUGCAUGGAUUCUGAAGCUCCUGGAAGCAAAGACCAUACACCAAGCCAGGAGCUUGCCCUUACACAGAGCGUUGGAGGUGACUCCAAUGCAGAUCGACUCUUCCCACCUCAGUGGAUCUGUUGUGAUAUCCGCUACCUGGACGUCAGUAUCUUGGGCAAGUUUGCAGUUGUGAUGGCUGACCCACCCUGGGAUAUUCACAUGGAGCUGCCCUAUGGGACCCUGACAGAUGAUGAGAUGCGCAGGCUCAACAUACCAGUACUGCAGGAUGAUGGCUUUCUCUUCCUCUGGGUCACAGGCAGGGCCAUGGAGUUGGGCAGAGAAUGUCUGAACCUCUGGGGUUACGAACGGGUAGAUGAAAUUAUCUGGGUGAAGACAAAUCAACUGCAACGCAUCAUUCGGACAGGCCGCACAGGUCAUUGGUUGAACCAUGGGAAGGAACACUGCUUGGUUGGUGUCAAAGGAAAUCCCCAAGGUUUCAACCAGGGUCUGGAUUGUGAUGUGAUCGUAGCUGAGGUUCGUUCCACUAGUCAUAAACCGGAUGAAAUCUAUGGCAUGAUUGAAAGACUGUCCCCUGGCACUCGCAAGAUUGAGUUAUUUGGACGACCACACAAUGUGCAACCGAACUGGAUCACCCUUGGAAACCAACUGGAUGGGAUCCACCUACUAGACCCAGAUGUGGUUGCCCGGUUCAAGCAAAGGUAUCCAGAUGGUAUCAUCUCUAAACCUAAGAAUCUAUAGAAGUACUUCUAAACCUAAGCAUCCGUAGCCAUGGCUCUGCAGGCUGCACCUGAAGAGUAAUAUUUGUACAAUAGUUAUUUUCCUUAUUUAAAUAAAACUUUGUAUUGUAGUUGGGAUUUCGAGGUCAAGUUCUGGCUCUGCCACUUAACAGUGUGUGAUCUUGUGUAACUCAUCUCUCAGUAUGAUUACUUAUAUGUAGACUGGGAAUAUUACCUACCUCAUGGGGUUGCUGUAAGGGUUCAAACUAAAUGAAUGCUUGAAAAACAUUAAAAUAUUGAUUAUACUGUAUAGGAUCAAAGUGAUUAGCAAUUAGUGCUAGUAAACAUGGUAAUCAAGAAGGGGGUUCUCUGGGACAACAUUUCUUAAGGUAAGAUUUGAGUUUCAUUUAAGAUUAUCAUCACUAGGGCUAUCAUGCUCGAAAUGUUGCUUAUUCUGUUACAACUAUGUGGCUUUGCUAGUCUAUUAUUCGUUUAUUUCCAAGAAAAGUGAAAUAAGCACAUCUUACAUUAAAUUUAAAUAAGUGCCUAGAGUAUGCAGAGAAUUAGCCUAUAUAUUAUAUAAGUGAAAACACCUCUGGCCUAUCUUUCAAAAGAUACUUCAUCAAACACAAGUGAACACAACUUCUUUAAACUUUGGUGAAACCUCUUAUAUUAAGGAUGUAGAGUUCUGCCUUUUGCACUCAUAAACUGUGAUAACUGAGAUAAGAGCGUUGACUACAGAAAUAUUGCAGAGAAAUAAAUAAAAGACGCUCCUAGGUGAUGUUAUUUUCUCUACAGCCCAGUGUGCUUACUAUGUUGAAAACCUUUGUUCUCAAAGUAAUUAAUGUGCAGAUGUGAUAGUAAUAGUUCCCUGUUUAAGAGGUAACCUUUAAUGCAGCCUUUUUUUAGCCCCUUUAAAAUGGAUGCACACAGUGAUGUUUUCUCCUAGGCUCAAAGCUGAGUAUUAUCCUAUCAUUUUAAUAGUAUUUUAGGCAAGUCCUAUGACAAUUAUACCAACAAGUUUUCCUCAAACAAUUCCCCACCCCUAGCCACCACCCCUAUGUUCUGCUUGUUCAUAUGCCCUUCACCCUUUCCCCUGUUAUUAUCACUGAUAUCUCUGCUUGUACGUGAAAGUAAAAAGCAAUUCCAGCAAACUCAAUGGCCCUGCUCCAUAGCCUGGCCCCUGUAGAAGAGAGACAAAAGGGGAGUAACGUGAAGGACAUAAAGGACCAUCAUGGGUUGAGAUCAGGCACUACCAGAAGCCCAGCUUGUCUUUUUAAAAACAGGCUCGGUGGACAUGUUCCCAGCAGGUAAGUCUUCACUGGCUUGGAGAACAGGACUACUUCACAAACACUACUGUGUUUGAGUUUCUAGAGGCUACCCAGGCCAAGAAGACAUCCCUAAGAAAGAAAAAGAUACACACAAACUCAGAAUUACAGCCUAGAUAUAUUCUUUUUAAAACUUUGUCUUAAACAAAUAGGUUGACAUAUAUCACCCAAUAGGAAUAUAAAGGCAGUGGGCCUAAGAGUCAGAAGUAUAGGCAAUCCUAAUUUACUUUGGAGGAUUUGAGAUAGGAAAUACCAAUGCCUUGUUUCAUGGAUGUAGGUCAAUCUCAGGAAAAUUGGGGAAAUGGGGAAAAUCUUCAGAACUUCUUCCCUUUCCCCCUAUACUUAGCACCUUAUUGUGCUACUUACCGCCUAUCCAUUCCUUCUCAAAUUCUAAUUCCCUAAGAGGUCUGAUUUGCACUAAGGAGAUAAGCUAAACUAAGAUUCAGUCACCACCAGCUUGAUGUGUCAUAUUUUUAAAGAGCACACACAGAGGUAAUGUAACUGAAAAGUGUGAACUGCUCAUUAUGUCAUCUUUAUCUACAUGGCAAAUGUAAGCUUUUUUUAAGCAGGGGAACUUCUCUAGCAGCUUCUACAAUCAGAUGUAUACAGCAACCUACUCUACCAAAGGUAAGGUGGUACUGAUUAUAUGCUCAGGGUUACUGUGUUUUCCAACACAGUUAAUUUAGUCAUACUUGAAUUAUAAGAAGGGGAACUGUAAGCUCACCUGCAGUGCUUCACCACGCACUCAUUGCUGCAGUACUCAUUGUCCCAGUCCUUACUCACAACGGGAGGGUUCUCACAGCCGGACCUCACACAUCGAGGCUGGGGUGAGAGCGUCAUAGGAGACCCACUCACCAAUUCAACAUCCAUUUGAGAAGGAGACUCAACCUGUGAGAGGGAGAGAGCACCAAAGAUGGAUUGGAUUGCUACUUACCUAGCUAGCCAGCUAGUCAAAUUAACUCUAGGAUCCAAUGGAGCAACAGAUGUUACAGUCCCUCACAGAUGGGGGUACACUUCCAAAAGAAGGUGAGUUCUUGGUCUUCUCUAUAUCCAGCUUUAGAAUUUUGCCAUGCAGAUUGACAUGAAGAUGCUUCCUAUAAGGGGAAUGCUGCCAUACUGCUAGUGUUUAAUCUUAAUUUUACCCAUCACUGACUUUAUUCUACAGUUGAAUAAUAUUCCUCUGAAAAUAUCAAAUCAAUAGAAUGUGAAUAGAGGUUGGGUCACCUCAACUAAGAUCAGAGACUAAGAAGAUAAAACGUGGUGCCAUUAGCAAAAAGGAAAAAAACUUAGAGAUUAAUAGUUUCCUGGUUUUGAAGGGGUGGGGUGGGUGGUAUUUUUCUUUAAAAUGACUGCUUCAUUCAUUGUGGGACUAUAGUCACAAACAGACCUAUAUUUCAAAAUGACUACUGGUCAGGUGCAAAUUAAAACUAGGGUAAAUUGGCAUCUGUUUGUUUCUGAAAAGACUCAAUGAUACUAACCAGUUGAAUUUUUCUACCUGUAUUCCCUACCCAUCCCCUUACUUAAAAACAUCAAGCCAAGCAGUCAAGGUUUGAGAGAAAUGGAAGGAUUUAUCUCCAAAGCUUUGGAUCCUUGGGUAAGACACCUGAAAAAUAACUCUAUGCUUAGGAUAUAUCUUUAGUUGACUACCGUAUUACUUCUGCUUAGUUAAGGAGUAGUCUAGGAUAGGAGGCCCUCUUAAUGUUUCUCACCAAGAACACUACAGAGUAUCUUGCAGGGAACUGACAGGAUAUUUCAUACGCCUAGUUGUGCCAGGCAUUAAAUGCUAGUAGCAACCCCUGCUUUUAUUAGGUCAACCAAAAAUGCUUACACAUUUUCACUGGUCUAGAGGAAAUACUUGAAAACAGAGGCUCACCUCAGGAACUACAUCUGUGAUCAUCUCACAGAUUGUCUCAGGAGAGGUUUCCUCCACUGUGUGGGUCUCAGGGCUGCUGUUCACAGGCCGCUCCGGACUCCUUUCUACAGGUGGUGGAACCAAGGUAGUCUGCAUUUUUAGAGUGGGUGGAGGCACAAGCUUGACCUGCAGUGGCGGCGGCUGCUGCUGUAGAUUGAUUCGAAAUUUCUGAGGUGGGGGCUGCUGCAUGGCCUGCAGCGGGGGAGGCUGCUGCAGAAUGGCGACUUGCUGCUGAGCCGGGGGCUGAGGCAUUUGCUGCAACGGAGGGGGUUGUAGUCGGGGCGGAGGCAGUUGCAUGGAAGCUGCUGCUGCAGCUGCUGCCUGCAGCACUGACCUAGUGACGAUCUGGGCUUGCUGACUAGGCUGGAUAGUAGCUGUACUGGUUUGGCCUAGUUGGAUCCCCCGGGAGGUCACCACUGUGGCUGGGAUAACGGUAACCAUCCCUCCUUGAGACAUAGUAAUAGAAGAGGGCAACAUCUGUUUGGUAAUAAUCAACUUGGUAAUAUUGGGCUGACCCCCAGCCCCAGAAGAUGCCUGGUUUGCUACAUAGGAUGAAAGAGUGGAAUUAACAACAAUGGAAGGAGACAGGGCAGGGGGCUCUGUUGAGGCUGCUGCUGGAGAGGCUGGCUCAGCAGUAGUCACAGGAGGUGGAGAAGGAGUCUGUGAUGGGGGCGCUGGAUCCAAUUCCACUGUUUCCACAGUAGCCUAAAAGAAGACCAAAAAAAAAAAAAACAGGAGAUUUA